GCGCGAACUGUUGCAAAGAUGAGCUGGUUACUCGCGCUGUCUCUCGGGCUGCUUGCCCAACAAUGUCUGGCGGCCACUACCGUUGCAAUCAGUGCGACUGCCAGCCAUCCGAUCCCUACUACGUUAUAUGGCCAGAUGUUCGAGGACAUCAAUAGUGGCGAUGGGGGCUUGUACGCUGAACUCCUGCAAAAUCGCGCCUUCCAACAAGUCGCGCCGAAUACUACAGCAGCUCUAAACGCUUGGCACGCAAUUGGCUCAGCAACCAUAAACGUCGUGGCCGACCCCACGCCUGUGUCAUCCGCGCUCCCGAAUGCUCUUCAGCUAAGAGUCCCAUCCAGCGCGUCGGGCGCCGUCGGCUUCGGAAACGAGGGCUACUGGGGUAUCAAAGUCGACUCAACAUGGACGUAUAACGCCUCCUUCUACUACCGUUUCCCGGCGGCCUCGGCACAGAAGCCCACGUCCACCGUCUCGCUGGUAUCCUCCAGCGGGGACACGUACGCCGCCGCCAGCGUAACUCUCGACGGCAGCCAGACGACCUGGAAGCAGGUGUUCGUCACCCUCAAACCCAAUGCGAAUGCACCGAACACGGCGAAUAACUUCGCGGUAACCCUCGAUGGCGCAAGCGCACGGGGCCUCACGGUCAAUUUUGCAAUGUUUUCCUUGUUCCCGCCCACGUACAAGGGGAGGGCAAAUGGGAUGCGGAUCGAUGUCGCCACGGCCUUAGCAGAGAUGAACCCUUCGUUCUUCCGUCUGCCGGGAGGUAAUAACCUUGAGGGACAAUCGACGGCUACGAGAUGGCAAUGGAACGCCACCGUUGGUCCGCUCGUCGACAGACCAGGGCGCAUGGGAGACUGGGGAUAUAUUAACACCGACGGACUCGGCCUGAUGGAGUACCUUUACUGGUGCGAGGAUGUUGGUAUGCAGCCGAUCAUGGCGGUCUGGGCAGGCUAUUCCUUGGACGGCGACAGCCUCCCCGAAAAUGAGUUGGCGCCGUAUAUCCAGCAAGCGGCUGAUCAGAUUGAGUUCGUCAUUGGAGACACAUCCACUACCUACGGCGCCCUCAGAGCAUCGUUAGGCCGCGCGGAACCGUUCAAUCUGACUUACAUCGAGGUCGGAAACGAGGACUUCUUCGCCUCGUCGUCGUAUAUAUACCGCUGGAGAGAUUUCUACGGCAACCUCUCUGCGAGGUAUCCUCAACUGCAGUUCAUCGCCACGACUUACCCUUUCAACCCAAUAUUGACGCCAACGCCCAAGCAUUACGAUAACCACGUGUACCAGACUCCUCACUGGUUCGCCUCGAAUUCGUUUUUCUAUGACGACUACGAGAGGAACGGCACCACUUACUUUGAGGGCGAAUAUGCCAGCAUCUCGUCCAAUGCGAGCGAUUUGUACGGUAGCGCCGCAACGGGCAGGUUCUUGUACCCAACUAUGGCAGCUUCUACCGGCGAGGCCGCGUUUAUGACUGGGCUGGAACGCAACGCUGACAUAGUGUUCGCUGCAUCUUAUGCUCCUCUCCUCCAGAAUAUCGCUAGUACUCAAUGGACUCCUGACUUGGUCAGCUACGACGCAGCAACUGUGUACCGAUCCACGAGUUACUACACACAGCAGCUUUUCAGCGUUAAUCGCGGCGACGAGUAUCUGCCAAGCACGCUCCCUGCUCGGAACGGUACCGUCUUCUGGAGCGUGACCCGCAGGAAUUCGCCCUCUGCCAUACUCAUCAAGGUGUCGAAUACCGUGUCUACCCCGGCGGAUCUUGUGUUCCAGCUGCCGUUAGGAAUCAACGCUGGGAGCAGCGGCACGGCGCAGGUCCUGCAGGGCUCCCAGAACGCAUCGAACACACCCAGCACGCCGAACGCGGUGACGCCUGUCACCUUCACCAUUUCGGUCGGCAGGACGGUUAACUACUCUGCCCCUGGUUUCAGCGUUAGCGUGUUGACUGUUCCAAUUGCGUGAUGGGAAGGGUCCCAGACGUUUCGAACUAGACACGUUUCUGACUGUGUUUGCCGCGGUGGGAUUGAUGUUGAACGUGUUUCUUGUUUAUUUCCUGCAGAAAAUGUGAUAGUUUGUUUGUGGAGGGGUCAGAUGCACGAAUAUAUACAGCACCACCUCCAUAUACGCUAA